GAGCGAGAGGGGCUGUUUAGCUACACUUUGGUCACAUAAUAGCACGUCAGUUUCGUCGGAAGCCGUUUCUCCCCAAAACAACGGAAUGGUGUGACUGUCCAACGGAGAAAAUAACGACUUUAAUAUCCGCAUCCACCGGAGCGACUUUAACUUCUAUCAAGUUUACUUGGGCAUUUUCUGGAGACUCUGCAUGCUGGGGCUUGAAGCUGACUUCCUACAGACUGCUUCAUAGAGAGUGACACCUUUGAGAAAGGCCCGAUCAUCCACUUUUCUCAUACUGGAAGCUACAGGAUGGCGAGAAGAUUCCCCAUUCCCUUGUUACUUCUGGCUCUAUGCUGCCUGGCAUCUGCAGGGCCAUUGUUUCGCAGCCCGUGUGAGCUGCUGCCGGUGGGGAACGGACACCCAGUGCAGGCUGCGUUGAAGAGCUUCACCGCCCUGUCAGGCUGCGCAAGCAGGGGCACCACCAGUCUCCCUCAGGAGGUCCACAUCAUCAACCUGAGAGGACAUGCUCCAGAGGGACCAGACAACACCCCGGCUGAAGUUGAGCUGCAUCUGAAGCCCAUCCAGUCUUUGCUGCGCCACCUGAAGCCUCUGGUCUUUGUGCUCCACUCCCCCCAACCACUGAUCUGGAAGAUCAAGACAGAGAACCUAGCCCCGGGCAUUAAACGAACCUUUCAUGUGUCUGAGGGCUCAGAGGUCCACUUUCAGCCGGGAAACUUCUCCCUCUCCUGCCAGAUCCAGAAGGAGACCCUUCCCCAUGGCAAUGAGCACCUCCUAAACUGGGCCCAGAAGAAGUACAGGGCAGUCACCUCCUUCUCGGAGCUCAGGAUGACUCAAGACAUCUACAUCAAAGUCGGAGAAGAUCCACUGUUUUCUGACACCUGCAAGAUUGAUACCAAGUUCCUGUCUCUGAACUACCUGGGCGGCUACGUGGAGCCUCAAACAUCAAAGGGUUGUGUCCUGUCUGGACCCGACAGAGACCAAGAAGUCCACAUCAUUGAGCUCCAAGCCCCCAACUCCAGCAGUGCUUUCCAGGUGGAUGUCAUAGUGGAUCUACGGCCUCUGGAGGACGAUGCCCCGCUAAAUCGUGACGUCGUCCUGCUGCUCAAGUGCGCCAAGUCUGUCAACUGGGUCAUCAAGGCCCACAGUGUGAUUGGCAAGCUGGAUGUAGUGGCCUCUGACACUGUGAGUGUUAGUUCCAAUACGGAUAGGCUGAUGCAAGUUUCAAAGUCCCCCAAGCAGCAUUUGCCUUUGGGGCCACAAGCCUUAAUCAAGUGGGCAGGAGAGCACGGCUACAGUCCCGUCACGUCGUACACCAGCACUCCUGUGGCUAACCACUUCAAUAUCCGACUCAGAGAGCAAGAUGUGGUGGAUCCUCUGGAGAGCAUGUUGCCUCCAGAGCUCUCCAUCCUGCGUGACUCCAGUCCUCAUCCGAGAGAGGGAACCGCUUCUCGGCGCUCCGGUCUGCCCUUUCCCUUCCCUCCGUCCGUUUCCGACGCCCUGCCCUACCUGCGUCUGCCCCCCUCCCUUGACGAGCGUCCCUGGGAGAACGGGGAGCCCGAGGAGCAUCAGGGCGUCCUGAGCGUCGGCCUCAGCGUGCAUUGUGAGGACACGAGGAUGGUGGUCAGCAUCGAGAAAGACAGCCUGCAGGCGAAUGGGUUCACUCAUGCCAACCUCACCCUGCAAGACAAAGCCUGCAAAGCAACAGUGAAUGCCACCCACUACACGCUGGAAACCUCUCUGACUGGCUGUCAGACCACUGUGUUCCCCAUGCAGGGGAGCCCAAUGGCCCUCCACAUCAACUCUGUUUUGAUAAGUCAUGCUGAGACUAAAGAUGGGAGUGGCGGGCCGCAGGAUGAUGAGGAUCUGGAAUCUGGAGACGUGCUGUUCCCAAGGGACCCAGUGGAGUUAGAGAGGAGGUUCACGGAGCCCGCAGAGCACCAGUCCGUCAUCGUGUUCAAUUGCACGUACCGAAAGAACCAGGAAAGCUCAGCAACUCUUCCCAGGAUUGUACCAGGACCGGGGAGGCAACCGGUCAGCAACAUGACGUUUAACAUGGAGCUGUACAACACGCUGCCGUUCAACAACCCCUCACGUCAGGCCUUCUACACUGUUUCACCAAAGCAGCAAGUCUUUGUGGAGGUCACAUCCACCGCAACAGAUCCAGAGCUGGGGUUCAUCAUCAUAUCCUGCUUCAUUUCUCCCAACUCCAACCCGAGGGUGGCCUCAGACUACACUCUCAUUGAGACGGUCUGCCCCACAGACGACUCCAUCAAGUACUAUCCUCAGAGGGACUUCCCUGUCCCUCACACACAGGCGGAGAAGAAAAGUUUCAGCUUCACCUUCAACUCAAAGUUCAACAUAUCCCUGCUUUUCCUGCACUGUGAGAUGUCCCUGUGCUCCAAGAGAUCCCAGAGCAACCAAAGACUACCGCUGUGCUUACAUCCCAGAGAGUCCUGUGAUUCUAUGUCUUUGGACAGUAUCAUGGCAAUGAUGAUGAACACCAAGAUAUCUACCAAGCCGCUGGUUGUGGUGGAUGGAUCUGGAUCUGGUCCACCACCUGACCCAGUUACUCCUUCGCACACGGCACCGGGAGUGGAUCCCCCUGAUGGCCCGGUGUAUGUGCUGGACACUCCGACGGUGGUGGGGAUCGCCUUUGCAGCCUUCGUGAUCGGUGCUCUGUUGACCGGAGCCCUCUGGUUUAUCUACUCACACACAGGUGAGACAGCUGGCACACAGCAGGUCCAGAAGUCCCAGCCGGCCUCAGAGAACAGCAGCGCGGCCCACAGUAUCGGCAGCACGCAGAGCACGCCCUGCUCCAGCAGCAGCACGGCGUAGCCCCGGACGCUAAGCCCAGGAAGGGCCCGACGGUUCACUGGGACCGGUUUGUUCAUCUCCUUCCAUGAAAGGAAUUAUGUUAAGGGAUGUGAUAGGAAGGAAAAUAGUAUGAUUUUUUUUAAAAACACAUAAAAUAGCAAUUUCUUUCCAAUCCAAAUGCUGCCCUAAAUGGUGAGGUUUAGGCUGUUUGUAACAAGCAGGUGAAAGUUAUCAGGCUGCAGUGUUGUCAGUAUUUCUAAGUAAGCUGUUAAUGGCUGGACUGUAACAUGUUACUUCACAACACGCAACCUUGAAGGUGGCCAAGGAGCAAAGCAACCACUAGAAACACGCGGACAAGUGCAGUAUGAACGGAUGUCGUCAUCUACGCAAAGAGAAAGACGAUAAAAGUUGCAACACAGUGUAGGUAUUGAAUGUAUACAGAAGAGUAAAAGCCAAAAAAUGUGAAAAAAAAAUGUGAAAGACAUGCUGAUAAAAUACCACAUUUUAUAAUGUACUCAUUUCCCCCUUAAAAGAUAUUUUACCAGUGCUUUCUAUACAGUAGUUAUAGUAAUGCAUAUUCAGCAGAUGGGGGUCUAUGAGUCUAUGUUUCAUUGAUGUUACACAACUUCACAGGGGCAUUAUGGGUUCCCUUCUACCAGUCGUUGUUAAUGGAAUAGUUCAACAUUUUGGGAAAUGCUUUUGUUUGCCUUUUAUCUAAAAGUUAUAUGUUGAGUGUCUGUACUUUGAGUUGAGAGCUUGGUGCAGGAGUUGAAUAGCAUAGUUGGCAUGAAGACUGAAAGCAGAGGGGAAACGGCUCAGAGAAAAAUAAUAACAUUUUAUAAGAAACAGGAUAACUGUAACUUUUAUUACAGUAAAAUGUCCUCACAACUACACCACCACACUUCUCAUACUACACAUGAGUGUUUCCUGAAUUAGCGCCCCCUACAGAUGGCAGGAGGUCAACACAUCCUCAUACCUCAAUGUAAUAUUGGUUUUACACAUAUGGAUAACAUUGUGAAACACAGUUUGGUUAGGUUUAGGAAAAGAUCAAAGUUUGAUUAUAAAAAAGUAUGUUUGUUACAAACCUUAAGAUACAGUUGGGCUAUAGGCGCGUUUCCAUUAGGUACUUCUCCUCUAGUGAGCCGUUAUGGGUGUGGCUUGGGAUAGAGGAUCCGCCCAACUUCACCAGUUAGAGGCUCAAUCAGCGUUGACUAGCUAGUAGCUGCUCAGUAGCGGCUCAGAAAGUACCUGCCUUGGGUAGGUACUUUUCUACUACUAACUAGUGAACACUGAUUGGAUAUGGUUGAAGUUGCUGUGGGAGGACUGGGCCGCUUGUGAGUUCUUUGGGACGGCGCCUGCUACUCAUUAAGAAGAGAAGGAACGAGUCUCCAAAAGUCUCCAAUAACACCAGGAAAAGUCCCUGAUUUGUCACUUUCUUGAAAAAGAGUCGCUAGAGGGGUCUGAAUAGUCGCUAAAUAUAGCGUCAAAGUUGCUAAGUUGGCAACACUGCUUGCUGCGUCGGUCUGUUGUCGCAUUCAAACUCCGUUGGUUAGCCGCAACAAAAGUACCUGUAUGGGAACAGAGGCCGAGGGGAACUAACUAGUGGGCGUAACCAAAACACUCAACCGCUUUCCAAACUCAGUGGAAACACGCCUUGUGUUAUGGACUAAACUAAAGUUACAUACAACAGUAAAUCAAGUAAGUUACCUACCUGACAUAAGUUACAUCGACUGUUGGUUUCACUUACGUAAGUAAAGUGACCUUUGUUUUGACAUGGGACACUAGGGAAAAGACAACUGAUCUCAGACCUGCUGUUUCCUCUACUCAUAUAAUAUAUUCCUAUGUUAACCAACAUCUUUCUGCUGAGCUUUCCAACCACAUGUGUGUGUUUCCCACCACGUAGCCACCCACUGUAGCUUUAGUUUUUUUUAAAAAACAUCUUAAAAACACAUUUUAACAAAUCCCUGAUGGUUAGGACCACUGGAUUUGCAAUACACUGGGAAAACCCUAUAUAAACGUACUGUAAAUAAGGGUCACAAAAAGCUGCUUGUAAAAACAACCUGUGGGGUGUUUUUUGUGGGAGGACAGUCCUGGAAAAAAGCUCAUUGUUUCCCCUGCUUCAAGUUUUUAUACUUAGCUAAGCUCACCUUAUAUGUCCAGCUCCAUACUCAAGGUACAGACUUGAUCUUUAUAUCUCAUUCUUAAAUAUUAGGGAAAAAAUGUCAAACUAUUCUUCUAAUACAUGUAUAUUUUUGUGAAUAUUGUAAAUAAUCAAAAAUGUUAUGAGGCAAUGUGUGCCAAUUCUAAUCUUGUUAUUCUGGAUGAGAGAAGAUUUAUCAGUGAGGCGCAAGCUAAUUCCCUUCCUCUUUUUAAAAGUGAUAAAAUAAGAACCAUGGUUCAUCUUAGAGCAUAAUUUAAAAACAUGGAUUUAAAAUCACGGCUUAGUGCAGCUGAUGUCAGUCCUUUACACCUGGGCUGCUACUAAAUAUUUUUCAAUAAUUAAAUUAAGAAAAGCAGCAAAUUGAAUGAUAUUUGGCAUUUCCCCUCGAUAAAUAACUUAAACAAUUGUUAUUUUCUCUCAAUUGAUUAUUUAACUAAAUGUUUUAGUACACAUUCAGCUGAUCGUCCUGUUUUCGGGCAGAGCCUGAGGGAGAGCAGAUUAUGAAGCCAAACAGUGGAUGGAUCUUCUUAUCUUUUGAUAUAAAUCUUGGCACUGACAGUUGAAUAAGCUGUAGCCGAAGCUCAUUAUUAUGAUCAUAUAUUUUUAUGUUUUGUUUUAAACUGCAACACCACAACUACCCCACCACCUCAGAAUAAUAUGAAUGUUUGCUGUAGUGCCUUCCUUUAACCUGUAUGUGUUUGUGUGUGUGUGGGACUAACUGGGCCCUUUUAUAUCACAGAAGGGAACUUUCCCUGUAACCAUGACAACAAAAAAAAAUAGAAUGUAUAUUAUCUCAAAGCUUUUGAUUUUUUUUUCUUUUGUAAACAUGUGUAAAGCUUUCUACAGAGGGAACAGAGUCUAAAUAUAUAUUUGUGUAUAAAAGUAUAUUUUGGAAUAUAUUAACCAAGAGAAAUCUAUCUGUCUUUUAUGUGUGUAAGUACUGUGAAUUGUGGAUGUGCUCAUACAUAACAUAAUACGCGUUUGUGGGGGAUUUAUUACGUUUAUUAUAGAAGCCUCAUGGCAUGUUUUGUGACACCUUAACUCAUGCAAAUGGAUAGUCAUAUUUGUAAUACAAAAUUAUUCAACUUAAAAGAAAAUUUUAGAAGUCCAGUCGCCACUACACUGACACGUGUUUAUUUACUAUAAAAUCUUUAAUAUUUCAAUUGUUUUUUCAAUGAAUGUGUCAUAAAAAAUGCGAUGCUUUUGUAGUGAAUAUCAUAUUGUGUUGCAUCAUUUCUUCUGUUCAUGGAAUACGAUUCCUUAUAGUUUGUUUUAAGCAUCAUUAUAUUAUCAUCUGGUUACUUUUUUGUAUAAAUCAAGUGUUUACUAAAAUAUUUCAUAUGAAGUAAAGAAAUCAGAUGUUUAAAACGUCGCAAAAAUUAAUAUAUCUUAAAUACUAUGUCACAUCAUUGAUGAUAAGUUGUAUCAAUAAAUAUUUUUAUAUUUUUUUCUAUAUUUUAAACAUAUUAUAGUAAAUUGGAGUCAGUCCCACACAAACGUAAUGUUCCUCCUCAGUAACUGUAUUGCUCUAUAACAAACCCAUAUCAAAAACGUAUUUUGUUGUCACAAUAUUGAUGUGAAUCCCCUUAAAUAAUGACAAAGAAAAAAAUAAAAUCAAGGCUAAAGAUGGCAGCAGUUAAACCAAAAUGAAAGUGAAAUGUAUAAUAAGUGUUUAUGUAUUCUGUUAGAAUGAAAGGUGCAGAAAAUGUUUUUUGUUUCUGGAAACUCAACUGUUUUCAGAAACACUUGAGAAUUAUUGUUAUUGAGUAUUAGAACCACUUUGUUUUAGAGCAACAUUAGAACUUGUUUGUUUUAGCAGGCCUGUUGCCAGUGUGUGUCCACGCCAAAACCCAGUCAUACAGUAAAUAUACAGCAGUGAUAUGUAGUUCACUGUUGCUGUUAUCAAGCAGCAUUAUUGUGAAUACUGUAUCCCACUGUAUACAGAGCAGUGAAAGAUCCAUCAUGACUCGCAGCCUAUAAUCAGCGGUCAUUGUGGGAUUAAGGCUUUCUGACAUUCCUGUAGUUUUGAGGUUUCUCUUAUCGCCUGCGGCUAAUCCAUCUCCCAUGUAUAAUUAUCUCCUCCACCCCCUUGUGUCACGCUGUUAAGUGGCUGAGCCUCAACUUAUGUUCUGGAUCUAAUCUUCUCAUUUGACAUAAUUUGGGGAUAUUCUUUCACUUAAACUAACCAUGCAAUUCAGGAGAGUCGCUGUCCAAAUAUCAACAUUCCUCCCUGCUUUUUGACCCAGUGUAUGCUGGGAAAAAGCUCCACCACUUCCCCCUUAAGACCAUGAAUGUGCACAAGUAGGUCAAGAUAAUAUGCUGUCAAUAUGAAAUAACAAGUCCUCCAACCCAUGUGACCACAUAGGUCGUUUGUUGCUAGCCUUUCAGACAACCCGGAGAAGUGUUUUCUAAAGUAGCGCCCCCACAGGUGGCAGGAGGUCAACACAUCCUCAUACACAGUUUCUAAACGUGGUUGAAGUGGAAGUAGACAACGUAUCAACUCCUAUUGUAACUUUCACCACUGCUCAUUUUAGUAAGGCUUCCGCCAGAAAUUGUUUUCCUUGUUUAUCUUCAACUUGAACCGGGGCUGUAGUUGAGACCCACUUCAUGGAGUCCUUCAUGGAGACUAUCUAAAGGACAAUAGAUCAUAGAUGUUUGUUUCUGGCUGCCAGCAUUAACUAACUUAUGGCGGAGCUGGAGUACUUGAGUCCGGACUUGCACUUGUCGUGGUCUCAGGACUUGUCUGGCUUGUCUUGGUCUCAAUGGUCUUGGCUGUUGGUCAAGUUGUUCUUGGCUAGUGAUUUGGGAUCAGUUUUACAAAACUCAUUUUACCAACAUGAUACAACAGAUUAGAUUAGAAGAUAUAUCAAUCUUGUUUAUAGAUAGAGUAUUUCUAAUCAUCCUCAGUCCUAAAUCACUACAUUAGCAUCGGAAAGAACAUGGCUGGAUUUGCUCUGGACUUGGUCUUGACUCGGACUCAACUGGAUCUUGUUUCGGUCUUGACUUGGACUCGAUGACGUUGAUCUCGACUACGUCCCUGGCUUAUGGGGAACCGUUAAAAAAUAAGCAGUAGUGAAGGUUACUAUAUUGUGUUAUGAUCAAUUUUAGCAGCCAGCACGACCUGAAAUUGUCUACUUUUACUAGCACUACUUGGUUAGGUUUAGUGAAAGAUUGUGGCUUGGGUUAAAAUAAAAAUAUUAGGUCAGGUACAUAAAAUUAACCUACAUAAUGUGAGUUAAGUUACUUAAAUUAAAAUCCACAUUGACUUUUAGUUUCACAUGGGACACGAACAGCUGUCUCCUGGGUCAAUGUCCAUCCGGCCCGACCUCCUCCCCCAUGCGUACUUUGUCGCUCUUUGUACUGCAUCACCUCACUUCCUCUUUAGGUUGCCACCUAACGAUAAAGACAAAUAUGGGUCCUAAUAUUCUGCUGGUAUAAAUGACCUAUGUGGUUAUUUUUUUGGUUGGAGGAAAGUCUGAAAAAAUGAUGCUGUAUCAGAUAAAAGGAGCAUUAUUAUUGUAGUAAAAUCUUCACUAUAGAACUUAUAGUUAAUGCUGAACUGAGAACAGCUGUAAUUGGAGCACAAAUCCAUAUAUCUAGUUAUUGAUUGUAUUUUUUUACCAUUUGACUACCUCAUGUUUUUCUAUGAAUGUGUAAUUUGUGUACUAUAUGUGUGUGAUGUGUGUGUGUGUGUGUGUGUGUGUGUGUGUGUGUGUGUGUGUGUCAGAAAAAAAUGCUUAUAGAUCAUACUGCAGUUGUAUGAUUUGGGGCCCCUGCGUGGUGUUAUUACAUUUUAUUUUUCAAUCUUAAAUCAAACGAUGAAGAGUUUUUCAGCUUUCCCAUGAUGCCAGGAUUGCCUUUUUUGGGCAUUGUAAAUGUGUAAAACUUUUGGUAAGCCUUUAUUAUUUCCCUUCCGUUUUUUUAAACUUUUUAUAUGCUGUACAUGCGCAUGAUAUCUGUAUACCCAUUAUGUCCAAUAAAAUUUCUAUCAUAAUGUACAA